CCACGGGGCCUGACGGUGGCCCCGCCCCCCGCAGACCACACGCUGCGCUUCUAUUGGUGGCGGGAGGGCGGCCGGCUCCGCCCCUUCCGCUGCUGCCGGGCGCGGGACGUGGGCUGGAGCGUCCUGGACGUCGCCUUCAGCCCCGACGGCGCCCACUGCCUCUACUGCAGCUGGUCCAACUACGUCCAUGUCUAUGACAUCUAUGGGGACGGAGAUACCCACACGGCGCUGGACUUGAGGCCGGAGGAGCGCCGCUUCGCUGUCUUCUCCUUGGCGGUGGGGCCGGAUGGACGGGAGGUGCUGGGGGGCGGCAGCGACGGCUGCAUCUACCUCUACGACCGUGAGGUCCAGCGGCGCACGCUGAAGGUGGAGGCCCACGAGGACGACGUGAACGCGGUGGCGCUGGCGGACGCGGGGGGGCAGCUCCUGCUCUCGGGGGGGGACGAUGGCGUCACCCGCGCCUGGGACCGGCGCUGCCUGGGGCAGGAUCGGGCCCGGCCCGUGGGGCUGCUCACGGGCCACCGCGACGGCGUCACCUUCCUGCACACCCGGGGGGACGGCCGCUACGUGGUGUCCAACUCGAAGGACCAGACGGCGAAGCUGUGGGACCUGCGGCCCGGCGGGGCCGGCGGCCUCGAGGCCACGCGCCGGGCGGUGGCGCGCCAGAGCUGGGACUACCGCUGGCAGCGCGCGCCACGCAGAGCGCUGACGUCACCGCCGUUGCCGGGCGACAGCUCGCUGAUGACGUACCGCGGCCACGUGGUGCUGAACACGCUCCUGCGCUGCCGCCUGGCCCCGCCCUCUGGCGACGGCGGCGGCCAAUACCUGAGCGCCGGCUGCGCCACGGGGGCCGUGAUUGUCUAUGACGUGCUGACCGGGCGCCCCGUGCGGCGCCUGACCAAUCACAGCGGCUGCGUGCGUGACGUCAGCUGGCACCCGCAGGGCGGGGCCCUGGCCAGCGCCUCGUGGGACGGCUCCAUCCGCCUCUGGACUUACCAGGACCCACAGGACGAGCCAAUGGGGGAGCCCCAAGGGGGGGACCCCCCCUAAGCUCCGCCCCCUCCCUCCUGCCCCAUAGCGCGACCCACAAUAAACCUCUGUGACCCCCAAGUCA